CUCCUCUUUCAAAUCUUCCAAUACCAAAAAACACAGGUAGCGGCAGAAAUCCACAUUCGAUGGUGAAGUCGUACCUCCGCUACGAGCAGGCGGCGGUCUUCGGCGUCAUCUCCUCCGGCGACUCCAACAUCACCUACGACAGCUCCGGCAAGCACCUCCUUGCUCCCGCCCUCGAAAAGGUCGGCGUUUGGCACGUCCGCCAGGGCGUCUGCACCAAAACCCUCACCCCUUCCUCCGCCGGAAAACUCAUCUCCGUCACCUCCCUCGCUUCUUCUCCCCACACUUCUCUGAUAGCUGCUGGCUAUUCAGAUGGUAGUAUAAGAAUUUGGGAUUCUGAGAAAGGAACAUGUGAGACGACACUCAAUGGACAUAAAAAGGCUGUCACUGCCUUACGGUAUGACAAGCUUGGAUCUAAGCUUGCUUCUGGAAGCAAAGAUGAUGACAUUAUAUUAUGGGAUGUGGUCGGUGAGAGUGGUCUAUAUCGCCUCCGUGGGCACCGCGACCAGGUCACAGACCUUGUCUUCUUAAAUUCUGGCAAGAAACUCGUUAGUUCCUCAAAAGAUAAAUUUCUGAAAGUAUGGGAUCUUGAUACUCAGCAUUGCAUGCAGACAAUUAGUGGCCACCAUAGUGAAAUCUGGUCUAUUGAUGUUGAUCCAGAAGAAAGAUUUUUAGUCUCUGGGUCUGCAGAUGCGGAGCUUAGAUUUUACACAAUUAAGCAUGAGUCAGAAGAUGGCCAAUCCAUCUCUAAUGGGAAUGGAAUUGUAACUGUGGGGAGUGGAGAUCCACCGAUUCAUACUAAGUGGGAAGUUUUGAAGAUGUUUGGUGAGUUACCACGGAAAAGCAACGAGGGCAGAGUUGCAACUGUGAGAUUCAACAAGUCCGGAAAUUUGCUGGCUUGUCAGGUGGCCGGAAAGACAGUAGAUAUAUUCCAUGUACUGGAUGAGGAUGAAUCAAAGCGGAAAGCAAAACGCAGGCUUCACCGGAAGAAAGAAAAAAAAUCUGCAAAGGGCGCACCUGACGUAUUGGAAAAUGGAGACAAAAAUCGGGUAGUUGGAGAAGAAGGAAAUAGUCCUGCUGUUACAGUCCCUGAUGUUUUUAAGCUUCUUCAAACUAUUCGAGCGAGCAAAAAGAUAUGUUCGAUCUCUUUCUGUCCAAACACUACAAAGAGUUUGAUGGCUACACUAGCUUUGUCAUUGAACAAUAAUUUGUUGGAAUUUUAUUCGAUUGGAAGCGAUGCAACGAACAAAACACUUUCUGUAGAGCUUCAAGGACACCGAUCUGAUGUCAGAAGUGUUGCACUUAGCUCAGACAACACACUCUUGAUGUCAACUAGUCACAAUGCAGUAAAGAUUUGGAAUCCAAGUACUGGCUCCUGCCUGCGAACUAUUGAUUCUGGAUAUGGCAUGUGUGGUUUUAUCAUUCCUAACAGUGAGUGUGCACUUGUUGGAACUAAAAGUGGAACAAUGGAAAUUAUUAACAUUGGAAGUGGCACAUGCAUUGAAUCAGUGGAAGCACAUGGUGGAUCUGUCAUGUCAAUUGCUGCCAUUCCUAAUGAAAAUGGUUUUGUCACUGGAAGUGCAGAUCAUGAUGUCAAGUUUUGGGAAUACGAAGUUAAACAGAAGUCUGCUCAGAAUUCCAAGCAGCUAGUGGUGUCAAAUGUAAGGACUAUGAAGAUGAACGAUGAUGCCCUUGUGGUUGCUGUCAGUCCUGAUGCCAAAUAUAUCUUGGUUGCACUAUUGGAUUGCACAGUGAAGGUGUUCUUUAUGGAUUCACUUAAACUUUUCCUUUCCUUGUAUGGUCAUAAGUUGCCUGUAUUAUGUAUGGAUACAUCAUCGGAUGGAGACCUAAUAGUGACUGGGUCUGCUGACAAAAAUUUGAAGAUUUGGGGUUUAGAUUUUGGUGAUUGUCAUAAAUCCUUAUUCGCUCAUGAGGACAGUGUAACAGCUGUUCGGUUUGUGCCAAAUACACAUUACAUGUUUAGUGCUGGAAAGGACCGCAUUGUAAAAUAUUGGGAUGCUGAUAAAUUUCAGUUGCUUUUAACUCUUGAGGGACAUCAUGCUGAAGUUUGGUGCCUCGGAAUCAGUAACCGUGGGGACUUCAUUGUGACCGGAUCUCAUGACAGAUCAAUACGUCGCUGGGAUCGCACUGAAGAGCCAUUUUUUAUUGAGGAAGAAGAAGAAAAAAGGCAGUUGGAAAUGAUUGAGUCUGAACUCGACAAUGUGGUAGAGAGCAGGUAUCCAAAGGAAGAAAUCCCUGAGGUGGGAGCUGUUGCUUUAGUAGGGAAGACCUCUAAAGAAACAGUUACAGCUGCUGAUGCUAUUAUCGAUGCAAUAGAUAUAUCAGACGCAGAAUUGAAGCGACUUGCUGAACAUGAGGAGGAAAAAAGCAGGGGAAGUGUUGCUGACUUCAAACCAAAUAGUCUUAUGAAUGGACUAUCUCCAUCGGAAUAUGUUCUUCGCGCAUGUUCAAAUGUUCAGACAAAUGAUCUUGAGCAGACGCUACUGGCUUUACCGUUCUCAGACGCUUUGAAGCUUAUGUCUUACUUGAAGGACUGGACUUUGAAUCAUGAUAAGGUUGAACUCGUUUGCAAGAUUGCUUUAGUUUUACACCAGACACAUUAUAAUCAGUUGGUUAGUACAACGGCAGCUAGACCAAUGUUGACUGCUUUGAAUCAGAUUCUUUAUCCUGAAGUUAAGGAACUGAAAGACCUCAUUGGUCACAACCUUGCAGGGUUGGAACAUCUUAAGCAACUGAUGGCUUCGAGAUCAGAUGCAUUGUUUCAAGAUGCAAAAUCAAAGUUGCAGGAAAUACGUGCACAGCAUUCCAAGCGCCUACAUGCAAGGACAAGCACAGGGGGCGAACAUAAUCUAAGUAAGAAGAGAAAGACAAAAAACAAUAAAUCAAAUGAUGGUCACGCUUGGGUAUGAUGUUGUAGCAAGAAAUUAUAUGAGAAAUGAUGGAAACGCUUGCGCACAAGUUGGCUGGAGAAACGAGAAUCCCAGCAGUAACAUUAAUACACAGUAAGCCAACUACGGUAAGUGCCUCUCUAAGAUGGAUGCGUACUGUGGCUAUAAAAUUUGCGACUUUCCUCAAUAUUUGUCCUCUACUUGGUUCGAUCUAGAUAUUUGUUACUGCCUGCCCAUCCCUGAAAGUAGACUGAUUGCAAUUUUGUAACUUUUAUAUAAUAAUUUACCGCUAUACUUCUAAAUGUUGUCUU